UAAUCAGCGACCGGCCGCCUCCGCUGUGACGUCCCCCGCGCCCCAAGUUGGCAAGGUGAAAGGGGGCUCCCGUCUUCUUUUUUUUUUUUUGGGGGGGGGGGCGGCCAGCAUGCCUUCCAGUGGCGUGUCAUCCGCCAUAACUCUGCUGUGCUUGGGUAGCCUGUUGUCCAGCGUCACCUGGUACAUGAUCGACGAUCAGAGUGUCCUGGCCUCUCACACGCCGCCUGCUCAGAGGAAAAGUUCCCCGUCUGUGCUUUGUAAAGGUUGCAGGGAACUGAUUGACGACGUGUUGAAGCGACACUCACAAAAGUGGGAGAAGAACGAGGAGAACUACUGGAAUUUUACGUCGAAGCUGAGCCGCUCGUGUCGAGGGUUCGAGAAGGCCAUCAUCACACAGGCCAACACGCCCGUGGGAACCAAAAUCGUGUACGAUGCCGAAAUGACCAAAACUCUGCGGGUGACACCGGCCAUCUUUAAAACGUUCAUCAAGGAGCAUCCAUUCUCCAACAGGAAGUUCGACACGUGCGCCGUGGUCGGCAACGGAGGCAUCCUGAUGGACAGCGGCUGCGGAAAAAUGAUCGACUCUGCUCAAUUUGUGAUGAGGUGCAAUCUACCGCCUUUGAAUGACGAUUAUGGCAAGCACGUGGGCGUCAGGACCGACCUCGUCACGGCUAACCCAAGCAUCUUCAAGGACAAGUACGACUCUCUGUCGGGACGACGGCGGGGUGUCGUGGAGAGACUCAAGAGCUAUGGCAAGUCUCUGAUCCUCCUUCCCGCCUUCUCUUUCGGAGUUAAUACUCGGGUGUCUCUGCGGGUAGCCUACACCCUGGAGGACUUUGCCAGCCCCUCCCGCGCUGUGUUCUUCAACCCGGACUACCUGCGUAAUCUCUCCCUGUUCUGGGCGACCAAUGGCCUGAAGUCCCAGAGGCCCAGCACGGGCUUCAUGAUGGCCAGCCUGGCUCUGGAGGCGUGCUCCAACGUGCACCUGUAUGGCUUCUGGCCCUUCAGCAACCACCCGUAUGGACUCUACACGCUCACCAAUCAUUACUACGAUGAUCACAAGGCCAAUCGGGAGUUCCAUGCCAUGCCCGUGGAGUUUGACCUGCUGCUCAAGCUGCACAGUCGAGGCGUGCUCAGACUUCACCUCAGACCUUGUCCAACCAGCAAAAAUUAGUUCUGGAAAUGGGCAAGUGAGGUGACUCCUUUGCACGCAAAACCAAACAAUGAUGACCGUUUGAGCUUUAAAGGUUAUUUAUUACUGGAUGUUAUCCAGCUGGAGUCUGGAAGAACUGAAAAGCUAAUCCUGAGGCCUUUUGAGCGGGAUCACGCAGUGCUUUUCAAGCCAAUUACAAUUCGGUGUUGGGCCAUUUUAGAUCAAAAUGAAUCUUGGUCAAAAAAAUGUUUACAGGUUAACCGGAUGAAAUAUUGUUCUCGACUGGAAAUCAAUAUGCCUUCCAACUUUCAGCUAACAAGUACAAAGGAGAUUUAGGUUUGCGCAUGGAAAAAAUAAAUAAAAUAAAGUACUAACAAAAUGUAUUCUGUAUAUUGCAAUAAUAAAAUUAGAAUUUUUGAGACAAUGGUUGAAUGGUUUAGGUUUUAAUAAAGAACUAGGGCUUCUACAGUGCCUUCAAG